GUUCUGGAUGUGAACCCCAAAGUGAAGAAGAUAAAGAAUGAGAAUUCAAAGAAGAGGCUAUCUGUUGAAAGAAUCUAUCAGAAGAAAUCUCAAUUGGAGCAUAUAUUGCUUCGACCUGAUACGUACAUUGGAUCUGUGGAGCAAGUAACUCAGCAAAUGUGGGUGUUUGAUGAAGAUGAAGGACUGAAUUGCAGGGAGGUCACCUUUGUUCCUGGCCUUUAUAAAAUCUUCGAUGAAAUACUAGUCAAUGCAGCGGACAAUAAACAGAGAGAUGAAAAUAUGUCUUGUAUUAAAGUUACAAUUGACCCAGAAAAUAACACAAUCUCUGUGUGGAAUGAUGGGAAAGGAAUCCCUAUCGUUGAGCAUCAAGUAGAAAAAAUGUAUGUGCCAGCUCUUAUUUUUGGACAUCUUUUAACCUCCAGCAACUAUGACGAUGAUGAGAAGAAAGUCACAG